UACUUGAUUGUAUUUAUAGGCACGGGCGGUUCUAUCACUCCCGAACUCCUCUUCCAAACAUGGCACCCUCAAUGACACACGUAAGAGGAACAUGUAGGAGGUUCAAGGCUCACAUACUCAUGAUGAUAGUUCAGAUAGGAUACACAAUUCUCUACUUCAUCACUGAGGCUUCCUUCAACCGGGGAUUGAAUCCCCACGUAUACACCACCUACAGACACUUGGUUUCAGCCUUGGUCAUGUGGCCUUUUGCUUAUUUCCUGGAAAGGAAAUUAAGACCCAAGCUUAUAUUAACAUUGUUCAUGGAGAUAUGUGUGCUUUCCCUUCUAGGGAGCUUAACCCUAAACAUGUACUUUGCGAGCUUAAAAUACACAUCUCCUACCUUUGUUACUUCCAUGGUCAACACCAUUGCUGCCAUGACCUUUAUCAUUGCUAUUCUACUCAGAUUCGAGCAUCUUGACAUUAAAAGCCCCAGAGGAGUGGCCAAGGCUGUUGGCACUCUAGUGUCGUUGGUAGGUGCUACGAUCAUGACGCUUUACAAAGGACCAGCAAUGAGGAAUUUUUGGGAAGCACUGAUCCACAUCCAUGGAAAUGCCAUCCAUGAGAGCUGGUUGAAGGGAUCCAUCCUUACCGUGGCAAGCUGCAUCACUUGGUCCAUGUGGUACAUAAUGCAGGCAGUGACAUUGAAGAGAUAUCCAGCACAGCUUUCACUGACUGCAUGGAUGAGCCUCAUUGGAGCUACACAAUCAGCCAGUUUCACAGCCUUAGUGCAGCACCAACCAGCUGCAUGGAAGAUUGGAUUCGACAUUAAACUCUGGUGCAUCUUGUAUUCUGGAGUUGUUUGCUCUGGUUUAUUCGUCUACAUACAGCUCUGGUGCACUGAGCAAAAGGGACCAGUCUUUGUGACCAUGUUCAAUCCCAUCUCCACAAUCAUGGUUGCACUUCUAGCUUACAUUGUCUUCGGCGAAAGACUAUUUCUCGGGAGCAUCAUUGGGGGGAUCAUUGUGAUUGUUGGACUAUACCUGGUGCUUUGGGGGAAAGACACAGUUCAAGAAAAAGAAAUGAGAGCUGAGGCUUCUUUUGAGGCUAAUGGAAGAGGAAAAGAACAGAGCAAUAAUUCUUCAGAUAGUCCUGCCACUGAUGGCAAAAGAGACAAUGUGAAGAGAUAUGAAGAGGUUUAAGAAUGCAUGGUGAAUUAUUCAGCUAUUCUUUGAGAUUGAUAUCUAAUAUAUGAGGUAAAACUUCACAAGGAAUUGUACUUUGUUUGUUUCAUGUUUUCCAGUUGAACUGCAAUUACAAUCUAAAA